AGAACUAGUCUCCUCUCCUAUGUCUCUCACUCUCUAUCCAAACAAUUAAAAAAAAAAACAGACAACUUCCGGAAAACAACGCAGCGUCGUCGUCGUCUUCUUCUUAAUACGUCUUUGCAUCUCGCCGGAAUAUUUUUGAUCCGUUGAUCGGAAUAUUCGUAUUGUCUUUGUCCGUACCGAGAAUCUUGAUUUGUUUGGUAUCUCUCUCUUGAUUCUUCGAAUUUAUUUUGGGAUUCGAUCGAGGAAAAAAUGGAUUCUGAUUCAUGGAGUGAUCGUCUCGCAUCGGCUUCGAGAAGAUACCAGCUCGAUUUCUUGUCGCGAUCUGAUAACUUCUUGGGGUUUGAGGAGGCAGAGGGAGAAGAGGAGUUCAGGGAAGAGUAUGCUUGCCCCUUCUGCUCUGACUACUUUGAUAUUGUCUCUCUGUGCUGCCACAUAGACGAAAAUCAUCCUAUGGACACAAUAAACGGGGUAUGCCCCGUUUGCGCGGUGAAAGUGAGCUCUGAUAUGGUUGCUCAUAUAACCCUUCAACAUGCAAACAUGUUCAAGGUGACAACGCGAAAAAGAAAAUCAACAAGAAGAGGCGGGGCUCAGUCCAUGCUAUCAAUCUUGAAGAGAGAGUUUCCUGAUGGAAACUUUCAAAGCUUGUUUGAAGGAUCUUCGCGUGUUGUUGUACCUCCUUCAUCGUCCAGUACAGCUGCUGACCCUUUGCUUUCUUCGUUCAUUUCGCCGUUGGCAGAUGGACUUUUCAUUUCAGAGUCAAGUUCUGCCAAGAAAACAUCGAACCAGAGUUUUCCUGAACGGAGUGUUGAGAAGAAGUCACUUUCGGCUGAGGAUCACAGAGAAAAGUUGAAACAGAGCGAGUUCGUUCAAGGGAUUUUCAGCUCUAUGAUUCUUGAUGAUGAUUUAUAAAGGGAGAGAAAAAUAUAACUUAUCCACGAGUAUUAGAUCAUUCAACUGUUGGAGUUAAUGUUUAUUUUCAACAAGUGAUAUUGUGGGAUAACCAGAAUAAUGUUAGCUUUGUAUUGAAGAGUCAAGAGAUACAUGAAUAAUGAGUAUUAUUUAUCUUAUUGAACA